UAAAGCGUAUUCCUGAAUACUAUAUUUUGAAGAGAUGGACACGGGGAGCAACAAAUAUGGUGGUCAAUGACAGUAGGGGGAAAGAAGUUGAACAAGAUGUCAACUUGGACUGUACGCAACGGUAUAGGCGUAUUUGUCAUGAACUUAUUCAAAUAGCAGCAGAAGCUUCAAAUACAGUUGAGGGAUACGAGUUGGUGAAGGAUACUGCGAAUGAAUUAAGGUUGAAGCUUGGUGAUAUUAGAAACCCAGUUGAUUGCCUUGAUAUGCCAAUAUUGACUGAUUUCUCAAAUGACAUAUACGAUGGAUUACGUUUGAAGCAUAAAGAGAAAAGUAAAAGAGGUGGUAGACGGUUAAAGAGUUGGGUUGAAAAACAAGGAAAAGGAAAAAAAAAAAGUGGAGGACCAAGUAACAGUCAACGAUUACAAAACCAACAACCAACUACUGCACCAACUCCUACACACAUGAUGGAUAACAUAGAUCCCAGUUACAUGUCAUUUAUGGAUUCUAUUUCCCAUAUAUCAUCUCAAGCAUCUGCAGCUCAUCAAUUACUGGAUGAAGAUUAUAUUUAGAUUCAGCUAAUGAAGACUUCUUUUUUUACUAUUAAGUUCCGUUAAUGUGAUGGCUUUUUUGUGCUAUUAAAACACAGUUUCAUUGGAUCUUUA